AUGGCGGUCUCUCAACGAUCUACAGUUUCGAUCAAUGUUGUUGCGACUUUGUUGUUGAUUGGAUUGAUCAAUUUAUCUGUAACUGUAUGUCGAAGGCAUGUGUCAUACGAAUCUGGUAUAACCUAUUCUGCGAUCAACUGCCGAAAGCAUACUGCGUUUUUGACAGAUUUCGGUGGCAAGGGUGACGGAGUAACAUCAAACACGGCGGCUUUCCGAGCGGCCGUUCACAGUCUCAGUCAGUUUGCGAACGACGGGGGAGCACAGCUUGUUGUUCCGCCGGGAAAAUGGCUCACUGGUAGCUUUAACCUCACCAGUCAUUUCACCCUUUACAUCCAAUCCGGUGCUGUUAUUCUUGCCUCUCAGGAUGAGAGUGAUUAUCCCCUUGUUGAUUCACUGCCUUCAUAUGGUAGAGGAAGAGACGGACCUGGAGGAAGGUUUAGCAGUCUAAUAGGUGGAUGUUACCUCACUGAUGUUGUUAUUACAGGUGGUAAUGGCACGAUCGACGGCCAAGGUUCAGUAUGGUGGAAAAAGUUUCACAGCAAGAAAUUGAAGAACACAAGACCCUACUUGAUCGAGCUAAUGUACUCCACCCAAAUCCAAAUUUCCAACCUCACUUUGAUUGAUUCACCUUCGUGGUUUGUUCAUCCAGUCUACAGCAGCGAUAUAAUUCUUCAGGAUCUAACCAUUCGUGCACCCGUAGAUUCUCCUAAUACUGAUGGCAUCGAUCCAGAUUCUUGUAAAAAUGUAAAAAUUCAGGAUGUUUUCAUCGUGUCUGGAGACGAUUGUGUAGCAGUCAAGAGUGGAUGGGAUGAAUACGGGAUCAAAUUCGGUAUGCCAUCGGAACAAAUGAUCAUAAGAAGGCUAACUUGUAUUUCCCCGGAUAGUGCAGUGAUCGCACUUGGAAGCGAAAUGUCGGGUGGCAUAAAAAACAUUAGAGCUGAAGAUAUCAGGGCCAUCAAUUCAGAAUCCGGGAUCAGAAUUAAAACCGCUCCCGGAAGGGGAGCUUAUGUUACAGACAUCUUCGUGGACGGAAUGAAUCUGCACACGAUGAAGUACGUUUUUUGGACCACCGGGUCCUACGGGCAACACCCGGAUCCAGGUUAUGAUCCCAAGGCACUCCCACAAGUCGACCGGAUCAAUUAUAGAAAUGUGGUGGCCGACAAUGUAACAAUGGCUGGAAAUAUGGGUGGGAUCGAAGAAGAUCCAUUCAAAGGAUUUUGUAUCUCAAAUGUUACUAUAGGGUUGUCCCAAAACCCGAAAAAACUGCAAUGGAAUUGUACAGAUAUAUCCGGCGUCGCAAGUAAUGUGACCCCGGAACCGUGCCAUCUUUUGACGGAUGAAGGCUUGACCAACUGCGAGUAUCCAUCGGACCCGGUCCCAACGGAUAAGGUGUGGUUGAAGACUUGUUUUUUGAGUUCUACCACCCAAAUCUUGUAAUUUUUCUCUUGUAGUUUGAAAAUUAUAAUGUUAAAACAUUUGGACAGUUUGAAUGUGUGUUUUCAAGAUAA